ACCACUGUAACGGAGGACUGGGGCUUGGUCUUGAAGUUUUCAGAUGCAUCUGUAGAUGAAUCAUAACAGCAUCAAGAUGUCGGGACGAUCAGGCCGCGCCGAGACCCGAAGCCGGGCUAAAGAUGACAUUAAAAAGGUCCUGGCUGCCAUCGAGAAAGUGCGCAAAUGGGAGAAGAAAUGGGUGACAGUUGGAGACACAUCCUUACGCAUAUUCAAGUGGGUGCCAGUAACAGAAACAAAGCAGAUAUAUCGUACCAAAUCCACAGGUGGAGAGGUUAGAGGACUGAAAGAUGUGGUCCUGGAAAACACAAACUCUUUACUGGAUUUCACUGAUGAAAACAGCAACCAGAGCUUUCUGUCGGAUGUUUACCAGCCUAAAAUGGACAACAGCAGUAGCACCUCCAGCUCACAGCAGGUCAGCCCUCCACACACCUCCAGCCUCCGAACUGAGGAUUCCCAGCCACCAAUGCUUGGCCAGGAGAGUGUGGAUGAGCCGGUUCAUUCAGGCCAGGAGGGGGCGGAUGAGCCUCCGACUCUCAUCAAAGAGGACCUUCUUUCUUCAGGAACUGUCAGACGGAGCACCCCGGACACACAGGAGGAACUGGAUGAAUCAGGAGCACCUCCUUUAAAGAAGAUUUGCACAGGAGAAAAUUCUGUUCUGAGAUAGCUUAUUUAUGAACAUUUUGUUGAAAUGUCUUCAGUUGUUGUCAGAUUAGCUAAGCUCUCAAAAUUAUUCUAAGGCUCUCUUGAUGUAUUUACGCAAAUAUUACUCAUUACAUUUCAGAAACUGACAAAAAAAGUAUUCUCUGUAGAGUCUUUGUUCACUUUUAAAGGUCUUUAAAGUCUUGCUGUUUUAAGAGAUUUCUGAAACAAAUGGAGACUAUUGUCCAAACUUUAUGUGGCAAAUCACUGCUAUAAUCUGGCUACUAACUGUUUCUUAUGUUCUCUUUAUGCAAUCGAACUUUACUUUUGCAUGCUUCCAUAUCCUAUUGUUUUAUUUUUUUAGAUUUAAAGGCCAUUUUGAAAAGAUGUUAUAUGUGUAACUUCAUACAGAUUGAUGUUUAGAUGUGCCAUUAUUAUAUAAACAUGAUGCCCUUUCUAAAAUGGAUCUUCUUUUGGCUUAUUACAUGCAAGAAUAUUUUUUUUAAAUAUUUGUAAUAUAAUUUGCCCAUGUUUUUAACUGAAGCCGUUUUGUAAACCAUAAUAAAUGCUACUUUCCAUGUCGA